UGACCCUUAGAGUGUUGAUUCAUGUGACGAGAAUACAUCGCAGACUAACUCGGCUGACAUCUGUCGACUGUUGCUGUAGGAUCGAUAAUUAGUCAGCCACGAAUCCUUUAAAUCUCUCCGACAGUAUCCACAUGCAUUUAUAUAUGAGGGAAAACAUUAGUGAAUGUAUCAACAAUGCCCAGUGUGUGACUCUUCAUUAUUAUAAUUAACAACAUCGCACCUGUCUAACAAUAUGAGUUCUUCACGCAAAACCAGCUCUAAUAAGAAGAUCCAUAUUGAUAAGUCUGAUCUUUUGUGUAAAAAUGGCUGUGGUUUCUAUGGUAACCCAGCAUGGCAAGGAUUUUGCUCGAAAUGCUACAAGGAAGUCUACCAGACAGCGAAGCAGGCACAAGCCCAGCAUGAUACAAUGAAACCACCCAAGGUUGAAAAGUCCAAAGGGUCCGAGUUUGGUGGAUUUAGUGUAAUUCCUGCAUCGUUUACCAAAUUUGAAGAGAAGAAAACACAACACGCCAACAAGAGGUCACAUACAGUGAAAUCCAUUUUUAAAAAGACACCAUCAAAAGAAUCUCAACAAGUUCCCCAACAGAGUAAAUCGGGUACUCACGAGGUGAGACGGGUCUGUCUCGAGUCCCAACAAGUGGGAACCGAGUUUGCAGAAUUUUUGAAGAAAAUCCGAAAGAAUGCUGCUGUAGAUGUGUCGAAGCACAUAAAGGCUGUAGUGGAGCGGGUACAGAACAUGCCCGACACACCGGUGGACGAACUGGCCGAGUUUGUACAGGACUUCUAUCAGACCCUGGGUGACCGUGUCAACAACAAUCCAAUAUACAAGGGGCAUAGCAGUGAGACUAUGGAGAAACUAAUGGACUUUACGGAGAGGUAUGUUAUGGUUCGGUUGUAUGCCUGUGUGUUCUCAGCGCCCGACACGGAGGAUGAACAGAAGGAUCUACAGAUACAGGACAGAAUCCGCAGUCUACACUGGAUCACCGCCCAACAACUGGACACGAUGAUCAAUGACCACGACACUGCUGUCCGACAGCUGGUGGACAAAGCUAUCACAGAGAUCAUCGACAUGAAUGCUAAGAAGUCUCCCCCGGACAAGUUGGUGUGUGUGGUGAACUGCUGUAAGAGUAUAUUCGAAGUGAUAAAACAGUCCAAGUCAGGACCGGCUAAUGCUGACGACUUCCUACCCGCUCUCAUCUAUGUGGUCCUGAAGGCAAACCCACCACUCCUACACUCCAACAUACAGUACAUCACUCGCUUUGCCAACCCCAGUCGUCUCAUGAGUGGUGAGGCAGGCUACUACUUCACUAACCUGUGUUGCGCUGUAGCAUUUAUUGAGAGCCUGGGUGCGGAAUCACUAGCUUUAACUCAAGAACAGUUUGACCGGUACAUGUCCGGAGAAGCUGUCCCACCACAAAUUGGCAAUGAGUACAUGUGUGAGGGACUACGUCUGAUGUACGAAAACCUGAAAACUCUGGCAGAGUUAAAACAGCGACAAGAGAAAGUCAUGGCAGACACGCUUCAACUCCAGCAAGACAUGCGAGAAUUCAAGGAGAGUUUUAAACAGGAGAUUAAAAAUGUGUUGGACCGAACACCCCUUGUUAUACGACCUGCCAAAACCAAGGUGGACAUGGACGCUGAUAUCGGUGUGGAGUUACCCUCCCCUUUAUUACCAGAACGAAUCUCUGUGUCAUCCGUUUCCACGUUACAGUGUACCAACACAGUCGAGGAGGGCUCAGACUCGGAUUCAAGUGCCACAGAACCAAUGGAGGCAACGGACAGUCAGACGAACAAUCAGGGUUGUGACUCGGGACCAAACGCACCUGCUGAAAACAAUACUCAAGCUGCGGACAUAUUACAACCACAAUCUACAUGUCCGAGCUGAUUUAGUUGUGAUAUUGAAAGUGUGUGUAGUAGAUGUAUAUAAUUUCAAAGUUUCUUUAUUACAUAAACAAUAUUUGGUCAGAAGUAUGCAAAUCUCUACUUCUCAACUUAAUACUCUAUUGAUUACGUUAUCUUUAAUGCGUUUUUCGAACUUUUUGAUUUUUCAUCAAUUUUCCUAAAUCAGUGAAGAUUUCAGAUUUGAAUAUUUAUACAGAGAAUGUGUUGUUUUUUGCUACACUUGUCUCUAUUUAUCUACAAAUAGUGAAAUGUGUACUCCUGAUUUAUCGUGAAAGAUAAUCAUGAAGAAAUUCUGUAUGAAAUUUUAAUGCCUAGGAUAAUAGAAUUCUAUUAAUAUAAUCUAUUCAUACAUGUGAACACGUUUAAUUCUACCACACUAUCUUUUCUUUUCGUUAUGUUGCCCUAGUUUGAUGAAUAAUUAGAUAAAUACAUUGUCAGGUCAAUUAAUUCGAAUAAUUUUGUUAACUGUAAUGCUAUACAUAAUAUUACAAUGUAAACACAUGCACGUACAUUACACUUGAUUUGUGAGUUUUUUUUAAAAUUGUUAAGUUAUUUAUUAUCUCAUUCACCCCUGACAUUUCAUAAUGAACUACUCCAACCUU